AUGGCACUUCCCAAUACACCUGUGGCCAUCUGUGGCAUGGGCGUGAGACUGCCAGGCGGUAUCCGAAGCUCAUCAGAGCUUUUUGAAUUUCUUGUCAACAAGGGUGAUGCUAGAAACGUCGUCCCUGAAGACCGCUACAAUGUGGAAGCGUACCACGAUCCAGCUGGUAAACCUGGCUUCAUUGCUACUAAAUAUGGAUAUUACUUAGACGUCGAUCUGGCGCAAUUUGAUGCCUCGAUGUUCAGGAUAUCUAACGCUGAGCUCGCCGCGAUGGAUCCCAGUCAGCGCCUACUUCUCGAGGUGACACGCGAAGCAUUUGAGAGCGCCGGCGAGGCGGAUUUUCGGGGGAGGAACAUCGGCACGUUUGUGGGCGAUUUCACGGAAGAUUGGCAGGACCUGCAGAAUGCCGACUUGCUCAAUCCGGCGCCGUACCAGAUGACGGGCAAGGCAGAUUUUGCCCUGGCGAACCGGCUUGCAUUUGAGUAUGAUCUGUUAGGCCCUAGCGUUAGUAUCAAGACUGCAUGUUCGGCCACGGCCGAAGCGGUUCACCAAGCUGUAUUGGCGAUCCGCGCGGGUUCAUGCCCGUCGGCCAUAGUGGCCGGCGCCAACAUAAUCAUCACUCCCCGGAUAAGCAUGGCCAUGACCCAGUUCGGAUUGUUGGCCGCCGAUGGAAACUGUAAAACCUUUGACGUUGGCGCUGACGGCUUCGCUCGCGGCGAGUCAGUAUGCGCACUAUACAUCAAGCGACUCGACGAUGCCAUACGCGACGGCAACCCUAUCCGCGCUGUCAUCCGCGCGUGUGACAGCAACGCGGACGGAGGUGAUGGUUCUCGAACCUUUGGCACUCCCAACGCCGUUGCACAAGAGAAGCUGAUCCGUCAGACAUAUGAGUUGGCGGGACUGCCACUGGCAGAAACUAAGGUUAUCGAGCUUCAUGGCACGGGCACGCCAGUCGGCGAUCCCUUGGAGACAACGGCCAUCGCCGCCUGUUUCGGUGGCGAAGAAAAGGUGUACAUCGGCUCAGUGAAACCUAAUCUUGGCCAUGGAGAAGUCCCAUGGGACCGCAACCUUUCAGUACCAAUAGAGCCAUGCCGAUGGCCUGAAGGAAUCCUUGAGCGGGUUAGCAUUAACUCAUUUGGAUUGGGAGGUUCCAAUGUACACAUUGUUAUUGAUUCCGCAGCAUCGAUGGGGAUCCCAUCACCACGCCGGGGUGAACCUGCAGCGCCGUCAGAAUCCCCAAGCGUCAGCAGAGUCGCUUUUGUCUUCACCGGCCAGGGUGCUCAAUGGGUAGGUAUGGGGCGUGAGAUGAUGCAAGAGAACGCAACCUUCGCGGGGAGUAUUCGGAGCAUGGAUAAGGUGCUGAAGUCGCUUGAACACCCGCCCGACUGGACUCUGGAGGAGUUAUUGCUGACCGACACCGCUGACAAGGAUCUUUUAAAUCCAGUCGACCGCGCUCAGCCCAUAUGCACUGCUAUUCAGGUUGCAUAUGUUGAUGCCCUCGCUGUGUGGGACAUCAGGCCAUCGGCCGUCACAGGACACUCCAGUGGAGAGAUUGCCGCGGCCUAUGCUGCUGGUAUUUUUACAAGCCGUGAAGCCAUAAUUACUGCUUACUACCGUGGCUACGCAUGUACGCACAACAAGGCACCUGGCGGCAUGGCGGCUGUCGGCAUGGGCGGCGACAAUAUGGAACAGUUUCUAAAGCCAGGAGUCGUGAUCGCGUGUGAGAAUAGCAAUGCCAGCGUAACCAUUUCAGGUGACUUGGAGGUCCUGGAUGAGAUCAUAGACAGUUUGAAGGAGGCGCAUCCCAAUCUGUUUGUCCGAAAGCUUCGCGUGACGACGGCCUACCACUCUCAUCACAUGUCCACCGUUGGAGACCUCUACAAAUCUCUCAUCACACCACACCUUGCGCCAAAACCGCCUCAAGUGCCAUUCUACUCUACAGUGUACGGCCGGCAGGUGGGCGAAGGCAAGGUUUUCGGUCCACAGUACUGGCAACUCAAUCUCGUUAGCCCCGUUCUAUUUCGAACCGCAGGAACUCGGUUGCUGGUGGAUAUGCCCAGCACAGCGCACUUGGAGAUUGGUCCACACGCCUCACUCGCGGGCCCCCUGCGGCAGAUAUACAAAGAGACCGGGCACUCGGCUCCAUAUGCCGCGCUCGCCGAUCGUGGCCAAGAUGCUUCCCGUACCUUCCUGACGGCCGUUGGCAAGCUCUAUUGCUUCGGUAUCGCACCGCGGGUGCCUAGUUCCGACCGUACGUUUACCUUGCCGGAAUUGCCUUCGUACCCCUGGAAUUAUGAAACGCGGCACUGGGCUGAGACCCGCGUAAUGGCCGGCUUGAGAUUCCGUAAGCAUCGUAAACAUGAGCUACUCGGCCUACGCAUUCUUGAGAGUAGCGAGACUGAGCCCGCAUGGAGGAACGUGCUCCGACUGGGCGAGGUUCCUUGGUUAGCAGAUCAUUGUGUUGAAAAUGAUAUUGUGUUCCCUGCCGCUGGCUACAUUGCCAUUGCUGGAACGGCUGUAGCGCAGCUAACAUCUUCGUCAGCAUACACAGUGCAAGAUGUCAACAUUGCUGCUGCCAUGCUUCUCACUGAGGGCAAGGGCACUGAGAUAAUUACAACAUUGAGGAAGCACUCUCUAACUGUCUCCAAGGAUAGCAAAUGGUGGGAAUUCUCCAUCUCGUCUGAAAACAACGGGACCUGGACGAAGCACUGCUGGGGCUUGGUUACCGAUGGAUGUGGCGUAGCCCUCCCUCUAUCUCCAGUUGUGACACCAAAUAAGCGCUUUGUGGAUUCGAAACGUUGGUAUGCUGCACUGUCACGUAUUGGUCUCAACUACAGCAACCGUUUUAUUGGGCUAGACAACAUCACGGCAAGUCCCGUCAAGCAAAGUGCCUCGGCUAGUGUCACUGACUACCAAGACGAGGGAGAGGUAUACGCACUCCAUCCGUCAACUUUGGAUCUUGUUCUUCAGUCAUGGUCUGUGGCACUCGCCCAGGGUGAAUAUCGUCGGUUGGACAGGCUGUUUUUGCCAACCUUCAUUGAGCAAUUCUACGUAAGCGCCGAAGGCAGCCAAGCAACACUCCAUGUUAGCACCACUUCGCACGGCCGCAUUGGAGCGACAGUGGGCGACUCAUAUGGCAUCGUAAGUGGUGAUGGAAAGGUGGCAUUCCUGCUCAAAGGGUUCCAGGUCGCGACGAUGGAGAGCGCGCUCUCACACGCGGCUCCGGAGCUGAAAUCGAUGUCGCUGCAGUGGCAUCCAGCGAUUGACUUCACCUCUCCCGAAACACUAAUGCGUCCAUCGCGCGACGUGACGGCUGACAUUAUGUUUGCUGAGCAAUUCGGCUUGCUGUGCGCGGCCGAGAUCCACGAGGAGGCAACCACGGUCACAUCCCUUGCCCAACCAUUCUUCAAACACUUCUUAGACGGCGUGGCCAAACAUAUGGAUCAAGUUGACAAAGGACUUUCCAACAUACCCGACGCUCAGGACCUAAAGGCUUUGAGCCGAGCGGCUCGACGUGAAAAACUGGAACAGUGGCGAGAGAAAAGCAAAGGACGCCCGGUGGAGGUCAUUGCCGAAACGCUGUGGCGCGUCUACUACAAUAUCAGAGACCUUCUUGAAGGUCGAGAGACCUUAAUUGAUGUUCUACUCGUCGGAGGCCUGUUGCAGAGAUUUUACGACGAAACCAAUUCUUGGUCCGAUAUUACCGACUUCUUCCGCGUUCUAGGUCUCAAUAAGCCGCAAAUCCGCGUGCUCGAAAUCGGAGCCGGCACCGGAAGCACGACUGCUAUUGUGCUGGCGGCCAUGAAGUCGAGCCAUGGGGAACACCUUUACGAAGAUUAUACGAUUACUGACGUCUCGGCUGGUUUUGUCAACCAGACCAAAGAGCGUUUCAGUCAAUACCCAAACCUCAAGUUUGCCGUCUGUGAUAUUACAGUAGAUCCGCUCGAACAAGGAUUUGCAGCGGCUUCGUAUGAUUUAAUAAUUGCCUCUAAUGUCUUGCAUGCUACCCCCAACUUGAUCGAGACGUUGACGAGGUGCCGAACAUUGUUGAAACCGGAUGGGCAAAUCUUCAUGCAGGAGUUUUGCGGACACACGAGGUAUGCUGACCUCAUCAUGGGCCUAUUUGAUGGAUGGUGGGCUGGUAUCAACGACGGCCGUGCAGAGCGUCCCGUUCUCCAAGAAGAGGCGUGGGAUUCCAAGCUACAGCAGAGCGGCUUCCACGGUAUUCAGUCGGCUGUUCGCGACAAUAAGCACCCUCACUUCUUCAAUACCACUAAUAUCCUAGCUCGGGCUCGAUCCAAUGAAUCAUUCGAGCCUAGCGACAUUGGUAAACACAUUAUAACUCUGCUCAAACCGACUCAUGAGCUGGACAACUUUGGACAGAACAUCAAGAGUUCACUUGAAACCGCGGGCUAUACCGUGGACGAAUAUGUCUGGGGCGCAAGACUACCGGAGGGGCAGGAUAUCGUCUCACUAAUGGAUGUCAAUGACGAACACGCUCCUAUACUGGCAAAUGUUGGUGCCGACGAUCUUACGACCUUUAUCGACCUCGUUGGCGACGUAUCGGGACAGGCACUGCUGUGGCUUAUGCGACCCGCACAAACGCAAUGCUUGGAUCCACAGUAUGGUCAGAUACCAGGAGUGGCACGGUGUAUUCGUGCAGAGCUGGCCAUUGACUUUGUCACCUUCGAACUGGACAAGCUCGAUAGCGAGGCCAGUCAGGCUGUAGCGCAGGUGCUGGGCAGGGUCCAGCGAGCGCAGCAGGCAGCCUCGGAGAACGACAGUCUGGACAUGGAUUCUGAGUACGUAUGGCGAAACGGCCAGGUGCUGAUAAGUCGAAUCCAUACGUCGUCGGUUGAUCAGGCGCUGGCCAACGCCGCACCUCAAACUGAAGCGAAACAUCUCACCAUAGGUCAACCGGGCAUGUUGCAGACCAUGUGUUGGACCGGCCAUCCACUCCCACCGAUCGCUCCCAACCAGGUUCAGAUACGGAUCAAGGUGACGGGAUUGAACUUCCACGACGUGGCCGUGGCCAUGGGCAUUGUCGGCCCCGACGGCCAGAUGGAAAAGGAUGGCUAUCACGGUCUCGGCAGCGAGGGGUUAGCCAUCGUAACGGCCGUGGGCGAGGGUGUCGAGCACGUGGCCGUUGGCGACCGUGUUGUAUUUAUGGAGAUCCUGACGUCUUGCUUCGCGACGGAGAUGCAGUUGCCGGCUGAAUUGGUGGCACGGGCUCCGGCGGGUGUGAGCGACGAGGACGCGGCCGGUUUGAUCAUUCCUUACGCGACUGUUCUAUGGAGCUUCCUUGAGAAGGCACACAUGAAGCGAGGACAAUCUGUACUGAUCCAUAGCGCGGCCGGUGGCGUGGGCAUUGCGGCCAUUCACAUCGCACGCUGGAUUGGCGCCGAUAUCUACUGCACGGUAGGGUCGCCGGUCAAGGUUGACUUUUUGGUCAAUGAGCUUGGUAUACCGCGCGAUCGCAUCUUCCAAUCCCACGAUGACAGCUUCGUUGCGGAUGUGAUGCGUUUUACCGAUGGAUUGGGCGUCGAUGUAGUCCUGAAUUCGCUCUCCGGCGAGCUACUCCACGCCUCGUGGAAGUGUGUGGCGGCGGGUGGCUGCAUGGUAGAUAUUGGAAAGAGAGACUUCCUUGGCCGCGGUCGCUUGGCUAUGAACCCAUUUGUCGGAAACCGUGCCUUCUUUGGUGUCGAUCUAGCUACCAUGAUCGUGACCCAGAAGUAUCGGCUUGUGCCCUUCCUGCGGCAAUCUAUUGAACUCUUCGAAGCGGGCGAAAUUGUCCCAUUGUACCCCACAACCGUCUUUGAGGCCGAGAAAAUCCAAGACGCCUUCCGCUAUAUGCAGAAGGGUAUUCACAUGGGUCGCAUCGUCGUCAGGAUGCCGGAAGACCCUGCCUCUCUUCCGAUAGCGUUACCAGCUCCCAAGCCCAUCUUCAGCCCUGACGGGGUCUACUUGCUUGCAGGUGGGCUCGGAGGUUUGGGCCGGUCGAUCCUUUCUUGGAUGGCGAGCCAUGGUGCUCGCCAUCUCAUCGUAUUCUCACCUUCUGCGGGGACGCUGCCUGAACACCGACUGUUUGUCGAGGAGCUAGGCGAGAUGGGCUGCGAGCUCCGCUGCAUCGCCGGCGACGUAGCGAACUACGACUUCGUACAAAAGGUCGUGGCUGACGCUGGGAACCAUCCCAUCAAGGGCGUCCUGCAGCUGGCGAUGGUCCUGCGCGAUGCCGGCUUUUUGAACAUGGACCAUGAGGCGUGGACAACUACUACCAAUCCGAAGAUUCAGGGCACCAUGAAUCUACAUGAGCUUCUGCCCAAGGAUCUUGACUUCUUCAUUAUGUGCGGUUCCACGGGCGGGACGCUGGGCGCUUACGGACAGUCCAACUAUGCGGCAGCCAAUGCCUAUCUUGACGCCUUUUUACAUUUCCGCCACGGCCAGGGUCUCCCGGCCGCGGUCCUGGACAUCGCCGCCAUUGGUGAUAUUGGCUACGUCGCGGUAAAUAAGAAUGUCGCCGAACGUCUGGGGCGUGCCCUAGCUGGAUUCAUGGUGGAGGCCGAGUUCCUCCGGUGUCUUCAGCUCGCCGUAGAGAGAUCAUCUAGCAAAUAUAUUGUGCCUAUGAACCCGACGCCAACUGUGGCAUUUGAGGAGCCAUCUCAGGUGGUGCUAUAUAACGAUACAGCAUUGCCACUGGCCGAUCCACAAAACACUGCGUCUUUCAGACGAGACCCACGUUUAUCUGUAUUCCGCAACACCCAGGGCGCGCCGGUGCAAGGUGAUGGCGCUGGCAACGAAGGUCUUCGCACCUUUUUAGGGUCUCUAACGAGCGAGCCAGAACGGCUCGACGAUCUGUCCGCUACAAUCUUCCUCGCCGAAGAAAUUGCGAAGCGAAUCUUUGCUUUCCUCAUGCAAGAGGAUGCUGUCAUAGACACGAGCCAAACACUCACGUCAAUGGGUGCUGACUCACUAGUCGCAAUUGAGAUUCGCAACUGGUGGAAGCAAACCCUUGGCAUCGAGAUCACAGUCCUUGAAUUAGCAGACUCGUCCAAGACGAUGGAGCUUUUAGGCGCACUGGCGGUGCAGCGACUGAAGGAAAAGCUUCAAUCUAAUUAAUAGGACAUGAUGGCCUCACUGGCUUCCAGUCACUUGUUGGCCCGUGACAGUGCUGCGAACAAGAUACCCGGGGUGUUGUCGUUGCAAUCUGUACGGAGUACGACCUGUAAAGACGAGAGGUAUAAUAAACAAACACGUUCUGUCCAGGUGCGGCUAUCGCUACAAUGGACAUGUGCAUGGUCGGCGGCUACAUGGCACUAACCAGAUGCCAAUGCUGGGGGUUUGCAAAUAGGCAGGCUGCCCAUUUAGUGGGUUCUCAACCACAGCAAGGCAUUGUUAGCUUCUUGCUUUUCGUCACUUUGUAAAUAUCAUGUUGG